GGCCGCGCCCCAGAGUCCUUCGCGCAGGUGGCUGCUUGGGCUGCGGAUCCCUAGCACCGGAUCCCGAGUGCCCACGGCCCGGAAGGGUAUGGCUGUGGCUACCGCGGUGGCCCUACUAGCCGCACUGGGCGGGGCGCUGUGGCUGGCGGCCCGACGGUUGAAGGGGCCCGGGGUCCGGCAGCUGCACGGAGGCGGUAACCCGAGCCUCAUGCACGGGAAGACUGUGGUGAUCACUGGGGCCAACAGCGGCCUGGGCCGCGCUACAGCCGCAGAGUUGCUGCGCUUGGGCGCGAGGGUGAUCAUGGGCUGCCGAGACCGCGCGCGCGCCGAGGAGGCGGCGGGUCAGCUCCUCAGGGAGCUCCGCCAGUCCGGGAGCCCCGAGCCGGACGCCGGCGCGGGGGGCGAGCUGGUCGUUAAGGAGUUGGACCUCGCCUCGCUCAGCUCAGUGCGCGCCUUCUGCGGGGAGCUGCUCCAGGAGGAGUCGAGGCUGGAUGUCCUGAUCAAUAAUGCGGGGGUCUUCCAGUGCCCAUAUAUGAAGACAGAGGAUGGAUUUGAGAUGCAGUUUGGAGUCAACCAUCUGGGACACUUCCUACUCACCAAUCUUCUGCUUGGACUCCUGAAAAGUUCAGCUCCCAGCAGGAUCGUAGUUGUUUCUUCCAAACUUUAUAAAUAUGGAGACAUCAACUUUGAAGACUUGAACAGUGAACAAAGCUAUAAUAAAAGUUUCUGUUAUAGUCGGAGCAAACUGGCCAACAUUCUUUUCAGCAGAGAGCUAGCUCGUCGCUUGGAGGGAACAAAUGUGACUGUCAAUGUGUUGCAUCCUGGGAUUGUGCGGACUAAUCUUGGGAGGCAUAUACACAUUCCACUGCUGGUCAGACCACUUUUCAAUUUGGUCUCAUGGGCUUUCUUCAAAACUCCAUUAGAAGGUGCCCAGACUUCCAUCUACUUAGCUUCCUCACCUGAAGUAGAAGGUGUGUCAGGAAGGUACUUUGGAGAUUGUAAGGAGGAAGAACUAUUGCCUAAAGCUAUGGAUGAGUCUGUAGCAAGAAAACUGUGGGAUAUCAGUGAAGUGAUGGUUGGCAUGUUAAAAUAGGAACAAGAAUAAGAAAGCUAUUUUUGAAACUAUGUGUUAUGUCAUUGGUGUUCAGGAAUGGUGUGGUGAGGGCAGUUGCUGCUUGAAAAUUUUUGCUUUAUAGUAAUGCUGCUGAGAGGUGUAUAUGGAUAUUUGAAGGUUACUGAAGCUGUUUUAGGCUAAUAUAAGACUUCUGCAAAGAUGUUUUAAAUAUAUAUCAUACUAAAAUGAGCAGCACAAUUAUAUUUCAUUAAAAUUUAUAAUUGGGCUACUAUAAAUUACAGAUGUUAAAAACUGGUAACUUAAAAAUUAAAGUUUUCAAAAACCUUUGAGUUUCAUGGCAAAAAAUGUUAGCAAUUUUUACUUUAAUGCUGGUUUUGUGUAGACAUAAUGUCCUUAGUGUGUACACAUAAAUUAGUACUUGGAAUAAAUUUAUGGUGCAGAUUA